AACGUUGAUAAGUACUUAUGAUUAGAUCAUAUUUCUGUUCUGUUCACAUUUCAAAGGUGAUAAGAAGAGACUGCCGGAUCGUAAGUUGCUCAUAACUGAUUGUUACUGAGAAAUCAGAACAUAUUUGCCGUCGGUUUAUAAAAAGCACAGUAACUCUUUGAUGUUCUCUACCAAUUAAAAAAUAAAAAUGACUGAUCUUGUGUUAGUAAUUGGAAGUGGAGCAAGAGAACAUGCUUUAGCUUGGAAACUGUCUCAAUCACCAUUAAUCAAGCAUGUUUAUGUUUCACCUGGGAAUGCUGGUACACAUACAACUAGUAAAUUUUCCAAUUGUGAUGUUGAUGUAAGAGAUCAUGCUGAAGUUGUUCUCUGGUGCAGAACAAAAAAUAUCAAACUUGUAGUUGUUGGACCUGAAGAUCCCUUGGCCAAAGGUCUUGCAGAUCAUUUAAAAGAGGCUGAUAUUGAUUGUUUUGGACCAUGCCAAAAAGCAGCUCAAAUCGAAGCCAGCAAAGAAUUUGCUAAAUUUUUUAUGGACAAAUAUGAGAUUCCUACAGCUCGGUGGAAAUCAUUCAAAUCUGCUAAGGAAGCCCAAGAUCAUAUUUUAAAUGCACCAUAUGAUGCUUUAGUGGUGAAGGCAAGUGGAUUAGCUGCUGGUAAAGGUGUCAUUGUUGGCAAAAAUAAAGAAGAUGCAAUCAAAGCAGUUGAAACUUUGAAACAAGAUAAAGGCUUAUCAUCUGCUAGUGAUAUCAUUGUUGUUGAAGAAUUACUGACAGGUGAGGAAGUUUCUGUUCUGUGCUUCAGUGAUGGUACCAAUAUUGCUGUUAUGCCACCAGCCCAAGAUCACAAACGCUUACUCGAUGGAGAUGAAGGACCUAAUACUGGAGGAAUGGGAGCUUAUUGCAGAUGCCCUCUUGUAUCUGGUCCUGAUCUCAAAUUUAUCCAAGAGAAAAUAUUGCAAAGAGCUAUUGAUGGUAUGAAAAAGGAAAAUUCUCCAUAUGUUGGUGUGUUAUAUGCAGGUUUAAUGCUAACUAAGGAUGGACCAAAAGUCUUAGAAUUCAAUUGUAGAUUUGGAGAUCCUGAAACCCAGGUCAUUCUACCUCUUCUGGAAACUGAUUUAUAUUCUAUAAUGACAGCUUGUGUUAAAGGUCAGCUACAUAACAUUCCUGUUCAGUGGAAUGAAAAGCAACAUGCAGUUGGUGUUGUAUUAGCCAGUGGUGGAUAUCCUGGAAACUAUGAAAAAGGAAAACUUGUUAAAGGUUGUGAAAAAUUGACUGAAGAUUGUUUUGUCGUAUUCCAUGCUGGAACUUCUUGCAAAUCUGGAUCCAUAUUUACAUCUGGUGGACGAGUUUUGACUGUUGUUGCUGUAUGUGAUUCUCUGAAAGAUGCUGCAGCAAAAGCAAUACAGGGUGCAGAAACAAUACACUUUGAAGGAGCAUUUUUUCGUAGGGAUAUUGCGAAAAAGGGAUUGCAAAAAUUACAAUCUAAAGGUAUGACUUAUAAAGCUUCAGGAGUUGACAUUGAAUCUGCUGAUGAUUUAGUGGAUAAAAUUAAAAAGUUAACAAAGAAAACAUUAAGGAAAGAAGUUCGUGGUGGAAUUGGAGGCUUUGGUGGAAUAUUUGAACUUUCAAGCUAUGUAGAUCCACUUCUUAUUUCAAAAGUUGGAUGUGUAGGAGAAAAAUUAAUGGUUGCUCAAGAAUGUCAAAGAUAUGAGGUCAUAGGUAAUGAUCUUGUUGCUAGUGCUGUGAAUGAAAUUUUAUGCUAUGGAGCUGAACCUCUAUUCUUUUUGGAUACUUUUACUUGUGGAAAAUUGAAUGUAGAAAUUGCUGCUGAUGUGAUUACUGGUAUAGCUAAAGGAUGUUUGGAAGCCCACUGUACUUUAAUUGGUGGUGAAACUGCUGAAAUGCCAGGAAUGUAUUUUCAAUCUGAUUUUGAUUUAACAUCAUUUGCCAGAGGUGCAGUUGAAAGAUCUCGCUUACUACCAAGAAAAAAAGAUUUUGAUGAUGAGGACGUUGUCAUUGGUCUUCUUUCUUCUAAUCUUAACUCCAAUGGUAUUAAAAUUGUAAGAAGGCUUUUGUCAAAACUGAAUGUAUCUUACAGUGAUGCAACUCCAUAUGAUAGCGAGUGUUCCUUCCAAGAUGCUUUAUUAUCACCUCAAAAUAUAUAUGUUGAUGCAAUCCUUCCAUUAAUUAGAAAGAAUUAUAUUAAAUCUGCCACAUACAUCAAUAGAGGAGGCUUGGCUGAACAUCUUGAAAAAAUUGUACCCACAGGAUAUGAAAUCAUUAUUGAUGGAACCAGUUGGUCAUUACCUCCAAUUUUCAGUUGGAUUUCUAAAAAUGCAGGUUUGGCAAAACAAGAUCUACUAAAGCAUUUAAAUGCUGGAAUAGAUAUGAUUUUAAUUGUGGACAAGUAUGAUGCAGGAGAAGUUCUUACUCAUAUUGAAUCCUGUGGCAAAAUAGCCGCACCUAUAGGCUUAAUUAGAUCUCUUGAUAAUGGUUCAGAGUGUGUACAAACUGUAAAUAUUUUUGAUGAUUGCCAAUUGCCAUUGCAAAAGAAGAAAGUUGGUGUUCUUACAUCAGAUAAAGGAACAACUUUGAAAUCCCUUAUUAACUAUACUCAAAGCCCUGAAAACUUAAGUAGUUAUGAAAUUGCUGUUAUACUAUCUACAGACAAUGGUCAUAAUCUUCAAAUUGCUAGAACUGCUGGUAUUCCUGCUGAAGUAAUAGAUUCCAACACAUCUAUAAUCGAAAUUUUGAAAUCUCAUAAAGUGGAUAUUGUUUGUCUCGAUAAUUUUACAAGGGAACUCCCAAAGGAUCUUCUUAAUGAAUGGAAAGAAAAAGUUUUAAAUAUUCAUCCAUCUCUUCUGCCAUCAUUUAAAUGCAAUAAUCCUCAUGAAGAAGCAUUGGAACUUGGUGUGAAACUAACUGGUUGCACUGUAUAUCUUCCAGGGGCUGAUGAAUCAAAUGAUACAAUAUUUGAUCAAUCUGCUGUUGUUGUGGAAACUAAUGAUACUGUUGAAACUUUACAUAAAAAAGUAUCCUGCUUGCAGAAUUACUUAUAUCCUAAAGCAGUUGAACUAUUUGCUUCAAAAGAUCAUUUGACAACAUCUGAUUUGCAUUUGAUACAUACAGGAAAUAGCUCCCUAAAUUCUGACGAGGAGUUGAAACUUAAUAAAUCUGUGCAGGCCUCAGUACGAAGUACUAAACGCCCUGGUUUUGUGGAAUCUGAAGAACCAUCUUGUGGAAUCUUUGAUCUGAAAGCUUCAGGUUAUCAGCAUCCUUACCUCAUUUCUGGAACUGAUGGUGUUGGAACAAAAUUAAAAAUCGCUCAAGUAUGCAACAAACAUGAUACAAUUGGAAUUGAUUUGGUAGCAAUGUGUGUAAAUGACAUAUUAACACAUGGAGCUGAACCACUGUUCUUUUUGGAAUCAUUUGAUUGUGGCCAAAUAAAUCCUAAGACUGUGGAAAAAGUUGUCUCUGGAAUUGCUGAAGGUUGUAGACAAGCAAAUUGUGCUUUGAUUGGUACUGAAGUAAAUGAAAUGCCUGAUAUUUAUCUCAAUCCUAAAGAAAGUCUGUGUGAUUUUGAAAAGUAUGAUGUUGUAGGCUAUGCAGAAGGUGCACUGGAAAAGAAAUGCCUGCUGCCUCGUAUAAGUGAAAUUAAACCAGGUGAUGUGGUCAUUGGUCUUUCAUCAUCAGGUGUUCACAGCAAUGGUUACAGUUUAGUAAGAAAACUUGUGAAAGCCAAAAAUUAUACCUAUCAAGAUCCAUUUCCACUUGAUAAAACAAAAACUCUGCAAGAUGUGUUGUUAGAACCAACAAAAAUAUAUGUAAGAUCUGUAUUGCCUCUGAUCAGAAAAGGUUAUGUUAAAGCAGCAGCUCAUAUAACUGGUGGAGGUUUAACCCUAAACAUUAACAGAGUCUUGCCUCCUCAUUUGAAAGUGGUAUUGGAUGGCAGUAAAUGGAAUAUGCCUCUCGUUCUGCAAUGGAUUGCUGACGAAGGCCAGAUGUCUGAAGAAGAAAUGUUACAGACUUUCAACUGUGGCUUAGGUAUGGUCUUAAUUGCUGAUCAGUCAUAUGAAAAACAAAUUUUGGAAGCUUUGAAAGAAGCUGGAGAGACUGCAAGCAAUGUUGGAAGUGUUGACAACCUUGAAAAAGGAAAAGAUAUUGUUGAAGUUAAGAAUUUCAAGUUACCUGUAUCAUCUAUUUUGAAACAGAAGAAGAAAGUUGGAGUACUAAUAUCUGGUUCUGGAACAAAUUUGCAAGCCCUGAUAGAUUAUACACAAGAUCCAAACAAUUGCAGCUCUGCUGAGAUUGUAUUGGUUUUAUCAAAUGUAGCUGAUGUAGAGGGCCUAAAUCGAGCAAGCAGAGCAGGAAUUCCAACCAGGGUUUUGAGUCACAAAAAUUACAAAAAAAGAGUUGAAUUUGAUAUGGCUGUUCAUGCAAUUCUGAAAGAAUGUGGAGUCGAAAUUGUUUGCUUAGCUGGUUUCAUGAGGAUUUUGUCUAAGGAGUUCUGCCAGUUAUGGCAGGGAAGACUGCUGAAUGUGCAUCCAGCUAUUUUACCAUCUUUCAAAGGAGUUAAUGCACACAAACUAGCAUUAGAAGCUGGGGCAAAAAUUACAGGGUGUACAGUGCAUUUUGUUGAGCCUGAAGUUGAUGCUGGUGCUAUAAUUCAACAAGCUUCAGUACGUGUUGAACCUGGAGAUGAUGAAAAAAGUUUACAAGAAAAAGUAAAAAAGCUGGAACAUCAAAUAUUUCCUACAUCCCUGGAAUUAUUAGCAAGUGGGAAAAUUUCUAGAGAUUUAAAUGGAAAGUUGAAAUGGCAUGUUUAAAUGGUUAAUGAUUAGCAAUUUUAGCAUGUUUGCCAUUAAAAAUGAUUUUACACUGAUAAUGAAAAAAACAUUUUUAAAAAUUAAUUUUUCUAAAAUUUUAUUAAGAAAAAUUUCUAAUUCAGUUGUAUUAAGCAAUUUUUAAAAAUGGUUACCAUUGAGAAUGGCAUGUCUAAUAUGGUUUUCUUAGAGGAAAAUUUCAUUUAGAAAUUAUAAAUAUUUAUAAGACAUAUAAGAACAUAUGUUUUACUUAAUC